AUGCUCUAUGGCGUGAUCUCUUACAAAAUCAAGAAUGUGUGGUACCUUGGCGAAGCAUUGCCUGCUGUGGUCGUAGGAAUCGUCCUUGGCCCCAUCGCCUCCAAGUUCAUCGACUCGACGCGCUGGGGCUCUGCGGAACCUGGCCAGCAGAACGCCAUCACUCUGGGAGUAUGCCGCCUGGUGAUCGGGGUCCAGCUGGUCAUUGCCGGGUUCCAACUUCCCGCGAAGUACCAGUUGACGCGAUGGAAGGAGAUGGCCAUUUGCCUGCUUCCGGUCAUGACCAUCAUGUGGCUAUGCACGACGGCCUGCGUCCUGGCGACGAUUCCGAAGCUGACGCUGCUGGCCGCCCUCGUCAUCGGCUCCUGCGUCACCUGCACCGACCCCAUCCUGUCGCAGGCCAUCGCCAAGGGCCCCUUCGCGGACAAGUACGUCGCCCGCCACCUGCGGGAGAUCAUCUCGUCCGAGGCCGGCGCCAACGACGGCUUCGGCUUCCCCUUCCUCAUGCUGGCGACGUAUCUGAUCCGCCACGCCGACAUUCCCGGCGCAGGGACCCACAGUGCCGCAGAGUCGGGAUCCCACGGGGUCGGUAGGCUGGGCGGUGGCGUCGGCAAGGCGCUCGAGCAGUGGGUGGUGGAGACGUGGUUGUACAUUGUGCUCAUGAGCGCCGUUUACGGUGUCGUCGUCGGGUAUGGGAGCUGCAAAGCUCUGAAGUUUGCUCUGAAGAAGAAGUGGAUCGACAACGAAAGCUACCUGCUGUUCCCCGCUGCUAUUGGCCUCUUCACCGUCGGCACCUGCGGCGCUCUGGGGACGGACGACCUCCUCGCCUGCUUCUUCGCCGGUAACGCGCUGAACUGGGACGGCGGCUAUCUAGAAGAGACGGAAGCGCGCCACGACGAGGUCAACUCGAGCAUCGACGUGCUGCUCAACUUCGGCGGCUUCAUGUACAUCGGGGCGGUGCUGCCGUGGGGCGAGUUCCACCAGCCCGACGUCACGGGCAUCACGUACGGCCGCCUGUUCGGGCUCGGCUUCCUCGUCAUGGUCUUCCGCCGCAUCCCGGCCAUCUUGAUGGCGUACAGGUUCAUGCCGAACGUGUGCAAAAACGUCAAGGAGGCACUGUUCAUGGGGUACUUCGGGCCCAUCGGCAUCGGCGCAGUCUUCUACCUCGAACACACGCGCCACCUCUUCCCCGAGCUCGACGCCGCCGACGCCGAAGAAUCCGACCUCCUCCGCGCCCUCGGCCCCACCGUCUACUUCCUCGUCCUCUUCUCCAUCAUCUUCCACGGGCUCUCGAUCCCAGCCCUGGACGCGCUGUACAAGCUUCGCGGCGUCCCACCGCUUAUCGACGCCGAGUCCGGCCCCGUCGAAGUCCGCCCGCUCUCACUGCAUGCUGCGAAGCCGAAGAACAGCGCCUACGUCGCGAAGCGCGGGUCGGUGGUGGUGUACAACCGGUUCUCGCGCGGGGUGGGGAGGGAUUUCGAUGAUGGUGACAUGUACCCGUUGCAUGAGCGUGAUGCGGUUAAAUUGAGGGAAAUGGUCUAA